AUGCCUGAACCCAAGUUCCUGCCAUUGGCCAAGUUGACAGUGGCCACGUCUGCUCAGGAAUCCAACUGGUGGCUUGCCAUACAAGAAACUUUGAAUGAUGAAACAGAAGAAAUGUGUCUACCUGUUAUUGAUCAUCGACCUUCUGAUCAAUGUGAUAACUACAGCAGUACUCACAAAGGGAUUAAAAAUAUCUCAGGAUGUACUACAAAUAUAUCAUGGGAACAUUGGGAGAAUGGACAGAUGGGUGUGGAUAAAGGAGAAUUUAAUUACAGCGCACAUAACUUUCCAAAUGAAAUUUGGAUAGUACGAGAGAACUGGGAAAUUGCAGUGAAGAUUCUUUUUGUCAUCCCAAUAGUGAUUUUUGGCAUUAUAGGGAAUGUUGCAAUCAUUAACAUUGUUAUGAGAAAUACAUUUCUGCGCUCACCAACUAACAUGUUAUUGGCAAACAUGGCUGCUGCAGAUGCUCUUACACUUCUUAUUUGCCCACCUAUGUUCCUUGUGUCAGAUUUAUUCCAAAACUAUGUUCUUGGUAAAGGUGGCUGUAAAACUGAAGGCUUCUUUUCAUGUGCAUUCCUACUAACAGCUGUUUUGAAUCUUUGUAUUGUGAGUUAUGACCGCCUCACAGCAAUUACAUUGCCACCAGAAGCAAAAUUAACUCACAAUGCAACAAAAGUUAUCAUGGCAGUCACCUGGGCAUCUGGAUUCUUGAUAGCACUACCUCUCAUAAUUUUCAGAAACUAUAAGGAACGCCAAUGGAAGAACUUCCGUGAGCAGUACUGCACUGAAGACACUACAGUGCUUCCUGUAUAUUGGUAUAUCAUACUAAUAUUACUGGUAUGGUUUCCACUGAGUGUAACUACAAUGUCAUACACAACUAUAUUUUUGAAGCUUGAUUACUAUGAGAAAAAACUGCAGAGAACACAUCAAAAAGUAUUUGUCAGCUACAAAACAAAAGUAGCUCGAACUAUGUUCAUUAUUUUAGUAGUCUUUGUGAUAUGCAGAGGUCCUUACACUGCUCUUAUAUUUGAAAGAUAUGUCUGGCAAGCACUAAGUCAAAUGAAUCAAGUGACAGAGAGUUUUCACGAGUUCUGGUUUGCAGCAAAAUAUUUUCUGUAUGUCAAUGCUGCUAUCAAUCCACUGAUAUACGGAUUCACAAAUGAAAGCUUCCGCCGGGCAUUCCGCACGUUACCGGUGUCCAGAUGGGUUUUUGAUAAGCAAUUAUGGAAAAUCCAGAAUAUAAGAUAA